AUGAGAAGUUUGAGCACCCAAGGCACGGGUCACUUGGUUUCCUACCAAGGAAGAGAGCUAACCGUCACAGAGGAAAAGGCAUUCCCUAAGGAUGACCAAGUCAAGCCUUGCAAGUUCACAGCUUUCAUGGGUUACAAAGCUGGUAUGACCCACAUUGUUAGAGAUGUCGAGAAGCCUGGAUCCAAGCUUCACAAGAAAGAGACAUGUGAGGCUGUUACCAUCAUUGAGACACCUCCAAUGGUGGUUGUUGGAGUUGUCGCCUAUGUGAAGACCCCACGUGGUCUUAGGUCUUUGAACACUGUCUGGGCUCAGCAUUUGAGCGAGGAAGUGAGGAGAAGGUUUUACAAGAACUGGUGCAAGUCUAAGAAGAAGGCUUUCACUGGCUACGCUAAGCAGUAUGAAACUGAUGAUGGAAAGAAAUCCAUCCAGUCUCAGCUCGAGAAGAUGAAGAAGUACGGAACUGUCAUCCGUGUUCUCGCCCACACUCAGAUCAGGAAGAUGAAGGGUUUGAAGCAGAAGAAGGCUCACAUGAUGGAGAUCCAGAUCAAUGGUGGUACAAUUGCCCAGAAAGUUGACUUUGCCUACAGUUUCUUUGAGAAGCAGAUCCCAAUUGAAGCUGUUUUCCAGAAGGAUGAAAUGAUUGAUGUGAUUGGUGUGACCAAGGGUAAGGGUUACGAAGGUGUUGUCACCCGUUGGGGUGUGACAAGGCUUCCACGUAAGACUCACAGGGGUCUGCGUAAGGUGGCUUGUAUUGGUGCGUGGCAUCCUGCUAGAGUCUCCUACACUGUUGCCAGAGCUGGUCAGAACGGUUACMAUCACCGUACUGAGUUGAACAAGAAGGUGUACAGGUUGGGGAAAGUUGAUACUGAGAGUCAUUCAGCCAUGACUGAUUACGACAGGACCGAGAAGGAGGUGACCCCAAUGGGAGGAUUCGCUCACUACGGUGUGGUGAGGAGUGACUACUUGAUGAUCAAGGGUUGCUGCAUGGGUCCCAAGAAGAGAGUUGUAACUCUCAGACAGUCGCUGCUCACCCAGACUUCCCGUCUUGCCAUGGAAGAGAUCAAGCUCAAGUUCAUCGACACUUCCUCAAAGUUUGGACAUGGUCAUUUCCAGACCGCCGAGGAGAAGCGCAAGUUUUACGGUCGUGCCAAGGCUUAA